GAGGCGGGUCGCCAAGAUGGCGGCGGCUCUGAGGGGCCGCGCCAAGAUGGCGGCGGCGGCAGCGGCUUGAGGAGCGGCCGGUGCUCCCCGCGCUCCCCCCGCGGCCCCGCUGCCCCUUUUUGGGGGCUCCCUGCGGCUUCGGGGGGCUCGGGGAGAGUGCGGAGAUGGCGGAGGAGAAGAAGUUGAAGCUGAGCCACACGCUGCUGCCCGCCGAGUCCAUGAAGGUGAUGGCGGAGGCCAUGGGGGUGCCGGGGGUCCCUGAGGAGACGUGUCAGCUGCUGGCGGAGGAGGCGAGCUACCGCCUCAAGGAGGUGGCGCAGGAUGCUCUCAAGUUCAUGCACAUGGGGAAGAGAAGGAAACUCACAACGGGGGACGUGGAUUUUGCCCUGAAACUGAAAAAUGUGGAGCCGCUGUACGGGUUCCACGCCCAGGAGUUCAUCCCGUUCCGCUUUGCCAGCGGCGGCGGGCGGGAGCUGUACUUCUACGAGGAGAAGGAGGUGGAUCUGAGCGACAUCAUCAACACCCCCCUGCCCAGGGUGCCCCUGGACGUCUGCCUCAAGG